GCCUUUACCUUUUCGUCAUAUGUACAAACGCUGUUCUCUUUGUGCUAGAUAAUACACGCUACGAGUAAGAAUGAAGAGGGGAGGCCUCUGCUGUCUUCUCAAGGGGCGGCUGCUCGGUGCGUCGCCCAAUGUGAUGUCCCACCAAGCCGCAAACCGUGAGUAUUCGCUGGCCCUGUUGCUAUUAUUCCUGUGCUCUAUUUGCUUCCACACGGUCUUGGCUCCAGAUAUUGGUGUCCAGCUGUUUUGGUUACAAAUAGUCCUAUGUGGGGCGGCAGUAAUAGAUGAAAAAUAAUGUGUGUGAAGGUAUCAAACGGUAUAGAAAAAGGAAAACUAGGAUACUGGAAAAACAAGAGUUGAAAUAAAAC